AUGACUUCUGUUCCCACAGCCAACUGGAAUGUGAGCAUGAGCAGCAGGUGGAACAUGAGCCUUGCUGCAGCGGGCGAUCCCUGGGGACAAGCACUGGGAGCACCAGCUGGAAACACUUCUCCCCCUGUAGCGUCCUCAGCAGCCAACUUCUCCAAUCAGUUCGUGCAACCCUCUUGGCGCAUUGCCCUGUGGUCUCUGGCUUACGGUGGCGUGGUGGCAGUGGCCGUUUUUGGAAAUCUCAUUGUCAUCUGGAUUAUCCUGGCUCACAAGCGCAUGAGGACAGUGACCAAUUACUUCCUGGUGAACCUGGCCUUCUCCGAUGCAUCCAUGGCUGCUUUCAAUACUCUCAUCAACUUCAUCUAUGCGCUGCACAGCGAGUGGUACUUUGGAGAGGCUUACUGCCGCUUCCACAACUUCUUCCCAAUCACAGCUGUCUUCGCCAGCAUCUACUCCAUGACAGCCAUAGCUGUGGACAGAUACAUGGCCAUUAUUGAUCCCUUGAAACCUAGGCUCUCUGCAACUGCUACCAAGGUGGUCAUUGGGAGCAUAUGGAUUUUGGCUUUCCUGUUGGCCUUUCCCCAGUGCUUAUACUCCAUAACCAAGGUGAUGCCUGGGAGAACUCUUUGCUAUGUAGCAUGGCCAGGUGGUCCAAAACAGCAUUUUACGUAUCAUGUCAUUGUGAUUGUGCUGGUCUACUGCUUUCCACUGCUUGUCAUGGGCAUCACUUAUUCAAUAGUGGGAAUUACCCUCUGGGGAGGAGAAAUACCAGGCGACACAUCCAACAAAUAUCACGAGCAGCUCAAAGCUAAGAGAAAG